UCUCCAACAAUCAUUUCCUGCGGGGAACCGGAAGAUCAUCCCGGAUAGCCUCCGGGGUCCCCGCUGAGUGGAGGUGAGCUUCCGGCGCCGGUUCCCGUGCGCCCGCCGCUGGCCGCACGCUGCAGCCCGCAGUCCCCAGCGUCGGCGCGGAUCGGCGGCCUUCGGGCGCCGGGGCAGCGUGCGGCAUGUCGUCGGGCCUGCGCGCCGCAGGCUUCCCCCGCUGGAAGCGCCACAUCGCGGAGGAGCUGAGGCGCCGGGACCGGCUGCAGAGGCAGGCGUUCGAAGAGAUCAUCCUGCAGUAUACCAAGUUGCUGGAAAAGUCAGAUCUUCAUUCAGUAUUGGCCCAGAAACUGCAAGCUGAAAAGCAUGACAUACCAAAUAGGCACGAGAUAAGUCCUGGACAUGACGGUGCGUGGAAUGAUAGUCAGCUACAAGAAAUGGCCCAGCUGAGGAUCAAACACCAAGAAGAGCUGACGGAAUUGCACAAGAAACGUGGCGAGUUAGCUCAGUUGGUGAUUGACCUGAAUAACCAAAUGCAGCAGAAGGACCGAGAGAUACAGAUGAAUGAAGCAAAAAUUGCAGAGUGUUUACAGACCAUCUCUAACCUGGAGACAGAGUGCCAGGACCUGCGAACCAAACUGCAGGACCUGGAGCUAGCCAACCAGACCCUGAAGGAUGAGUAUGAUGCCCUGCAGAUUACUUUUACUGCUCUAGAGGAGAAACUGAGGAAAACUACUGAGGAGAACCAGGAGCUGGUCACCAGGUGGAUGGCUGAGAAGGCCCAGGAAGCCAAUCGUCUCAAUGCAGAAAACGAGAAGGACUCCAGGAGACGACAAGCCCGGCUGCAGAAGGAGCUUGCCGAGGCAGCCAAGGAGCCUCUGCCUGUGGAGCAGGAUGAUGACAUUGAAGUCAUUGUGGACGAGACCUCAGAUCCCACUGAAGAGACCUCUCCUGUGCGAGCUGUCAGCAGAGCAGCUACUAAGCGACUCUCGCAGCCUGCUGGAGGCCUUCUGGAUUCUAUCACUAAUAUCUUUGGUCUGUCCGAAUCUCCCCUUUUGGGACAUCAUUCUUCUUCUGAUGCUGCCAGGAGACGCUCUGUCUCUUCCAUCCCAGUCCCUCAGGACAGUGUGGACACUCAUCCUGCUUCUGGUAAAGACGUGAGAGUCCCAACUACUGCCUUGUAUGUCUUUGAUGCACAUGAUGGGGAAGUCAAUGCAGUGCAGUUCAGUCCAGGCUCCCGGUUACUGGCCACUGGAGGCAUGGACCGGAGGGUUAAACUGUGGGAAGCAUUCGGAGAUAAAUGCGAAUUCAAGGGUUCCCUGACUGGCAGUAACGCAGGAAUUACAAGCAUUGAAUUUGAUAGUGCUGGAGCUUACCUCUUAGCAGCUUCAAAUGAUUUUGCAAGCCGAAUCUGGACUGUGGAUGAUUCUCGAUUAAGGCACACACUCACAGGCCACAGUGGGAAAGUGCUCUCUGCCAAGUUCCUGCUGGACAAUGCUCGGAUAGUCUCAGGAAGUCACGACCGGACCCUCAAACUCUGGGAUCUCCGCAGCAAAGUCUGCAUAAAGACAGUAUUUGCAGGUUCCAGCUGCAAUGACAUUGUUUGCACUGAGCAAUGUGUAAUGAGUGGACAUUUUGACAAGAAAAUUCGUUUCUGGGAUAUAAGAUCAGAGAGUGUGGUCCGAGAGAUGGAGCUGUUGGGGAAGAUCACUGCUCUGGACUUAAACCCGGAGAGAACUGAGCUCCUGAGCUGCUCCCGUGAUGACCUGCUGAAAGUCAUUGACCUCCGGACAAACACUGUCAAGCAGACGUUCAGUGCUCCUGGCUUCAAAUGCGGCUCUGACUGGACCCGAGUUGUUUUCAGCCCUGAUGGCAGUUAUGUGGCAGCAGGCUCAGCCGAGGGUUCUCUUUAUGUCUGGAGUGUGCUCACAGGGAAAGUGGAGAAGGUUCUUUCAAAACAGCACAGCUCCUCCAUAAAUGCGGUGGCAUGGGCCCCCUCGGGCUUGCAUGUUGUCAGUGUGGACAAAGGAAGCAAAGCUGUGUUGUGGGCACAACCUUGAUGUACCCCUCAGGAGCAGCGCGGGAUCUCCACAGCCCUGUCUUGGAGGGUGAUGUGUCCUCCCAGAGAAGAGCUGGAGCCAUGUGGUGCCGUGGCUUUCCUGAGAACUUUGACUUGAGGUCUCUAAGGCCUCGAAGAACCAACACUGAAUCCAACUGACUCUGCAGGUCCCUAGCAGAAGUUUGGGUUCUUGUCUGCAUUUGGAUGGGAAACACUACUAACUCUGACUUCCAUACCUCAUGGGGAGCACAGGGUCCCUGCUGGGUCUCCCCACUGGACACAGUGCCAAGGACAACCCCACACACUGGGUAUUGGGUCCUCUGUGCUUUUCCUAUCUUUCCAAAGUCGACUGUGGCCUGAUGCACACCCCCCUUCUGGGGUCACUUACCCAGGGGACUCACUUGUAGGCGUUGGGUCGGUGGAAACCAAAUGCAAGGCCUGUCCUCAUGUGACAAAGGAUGGGUGGAGCUGUUUUCAGGGCUGGAGGUGGGGUCUGGUCUCAUUGCUAAAACCUCCUGCGUUCUUUGGCUGGCCUUCAGAACUCCUGGCUCCCUUCCUGCCAACAUUUCCACAUAGCUUUGUGUGUGUGUGAGAGAGGGGGAGAGUGGAAAGGCCCUGUGCCAGCCUUUCCCUGUCAGGUAGAUUGGCAGCAGGUGAGACACAUUGUCAUCCUGCAUCACUGCAGUCACAGCAGGGGGCUGGGGGCUCACCUGUGCCGGGGGCUCACCUGUGCCGGGGGCUCACCUGGGCCGGGGCCUCACCUGGGCUGGGGGCUCACUGCUGAAGCCGCGAGUGCUGGGUCCUGUGCCGUCCGCCACUGGCCUUAGUGUUGGGCACAAGCAGCCUGUCUAGGGCUGGUUAUGAUGAAGGCUGGAAAGCGCUGUCCCUGCCGCUCACUUGUGCACACGUCUGAGCUGUGUCUGGGUGACUGAAGCCCCCUGUGUUUGUCACAUUUACUUUGCACUUUACUUUUGCCUCCACACUGGUUCUCUGGACAGGAAGGACAGUGCUGGGGCUGGGGAAGAGGGACGGCAGUCUUCCUCUGUUGGUUUGCUGCCAGAGAGCUUGUGUUGAUGGAAGUUGAAAUCCGCUGGCCAGGGCACAUCUUUUAUUUAUUUAAUUAUGUGUCCCAACAGAACUUGAUUGUCAAUAAAGAAAAAAAAUGUGUUAUA